CAGCUUGGACAUUCCCAGGCUGGGAAAUAUAGCAGAGAGUGUGGAAGGGGAGAGAAGAGGGUUGUUUUUUUCUCACCCGCUGAUGUUUCCAGAGAAAGAGAGAUUUGAACGGGAGAAAUCGCCUCAGGGAAGGUCAUGGAGGCUGCUUGAUUAUAACUGAGAGGAGAAAGUUUGUGCGGAGAAUGCGGAGAGGAAGCGAAUCCAGGAAAGGAGCUGAGGACUAUGUAGGAAUUCCUGACUGAAGUCAUGGGUUCGGAGGCAAUGGAGGAUUGCGUGCAGGGGGCGCUGUCAUCGCUUUAUCCUCCUUUUGAGAGCACGGCGCCACCCCUCCUCUCACAGGUCUUCUCAGUCCUGGAGUCGACCUAUCAACAUGACAGUCUUCGCUACCUCCUGGACUACUUUGUUCCGGCCAAGCACCUCCUGCACAAACUCCAGCAGCAUGCCUGUUCUCAGUACCUGGGUUGCUUGUUCCUUCACUCCGGCUGGCCUCUGUGUCUGGGUGAGAAAGUGGUCGUCCAACUCUCCACCUUGGACUGGAGACUCCUGCGCAGUAAUGACUUCUACCUGCAGGUGGUGCCCUUCUCUACGCGGUGUCCCCGAUUGGCUCUGAAAUGUCUGGCCCCUGGGGGGCGCACUGUUCAGGAAAUAUUGGUACCCGAGUCACAGCACCCCCUUGUGUUCACCACUGAGUGGCUGCACAGUGUCAACAAAGAACGAGGACACAAGAGAGAAGUUGGAGGAGGACUUGACACCUGCCUGGUCAGUACAUGUGAUGGUGUGGUUCGACUUCCGUGGAAGGAGGUUGUCUACCCAAAAUUCAUCCAUGACCCUUCUGAGGAGCUGGGUCUGAUGUCCAACCACGAGGGCUCAAUGACCAACCGCCUGUCCAGUGAGGGGGGCAGCAGCAUUGGGGGAUGGGGUGGUUCAUCCUCUGGAGAGCUGGACUCCUGGUCCUGGGAUGAGGAGGAAGAUGAAGAUUUACCACCAGAUGGCCUGGACUCUGAGUGUGCACUCCCCCGGCGAAGGCGCAGUGAAGAUGGGCUUGGACGGACAGCGAGGCAACCUCAGCUUGAUGGGGAUUAUGUGGAGCUUUUGGAGCCAAGAGGGGGUCCAGAUGGAGGUGUCGAUCCAAGGCAAAGGUACCUGGAGAUGCAUGGGAUCUGUAAGACCAAGACUUUACCUCUGUGCAGGAGAGGUAAGGCCAUCAAACUCCGCAAGGGGAAAGCUUGGGGAUAUGGGAGAAUGGAAAGGUCAGGAAGCUUUCGGGCUGUCCUUGGCGCCAAAGGAGACACGGUGACCCCCAAGAAUGACGUGUUACCGCCUCGGCCUCUGCCAGGAGUUCCUGAACCUGGCAGGGGGCGGCGGUCUUACUCCUCUUCUGUUCAUGACUCUGAUGAAGGAGAUAAAACAAGCAGAGACUCAGAGGGCCUAGAGGGCCGCCAGCUUUAUUUUGAUGGCCUGUUCAAAGAGAGGAGGCCAGGUGUGGGAAGGGAGAGAGAUAGCAAUGGCCUUAUGCAGCCAUGCAGAGAUGACCACAGAAAUAAAGACUCAGAGAGUGGUGACAGCUUGGUCACAAAUGAAAUCCAUGUCUUGACGAACCACAAAGUCUUGCAUGUCAUAGAAGGCCACUCAGAUCACGGAUCUCAUUCAGACUCAGUUUUUGAGGAUACCGAUAAACCACUGAGUGGAGACAGUGAUGCCACCACCCCAACAUCGGACGCACCAGAGAGACCUUUCACUGGAGUUUCAGAAAGUGGAGAGAUUGAUAACAGUGGGUCUAAAAUGAAGAGUUCGUCAAACCCAAAGGUGGCAGAGGAAAGGGAUGAAGGAAAGACAGAGGACAGAAUGUGUCCUAGAGGAAAGGAAAUAAAAACUGCGGGUUUCAGAGCACCAAGGAGGAAAAGGAAGGGAAAGGGAGCCAAAGGGAGGGCUAGGUCCGGUGGUCGUGCGCACCAGAGGGGCUUGAAGCCUCAGGGUAAAGCUCCUCAACCAAGUCCCACUGCCUGCUCUACUUCACCAAAGCUGCCAAUCACAGAGAAGAAUCAAACGGAGAAAACAGGACAGGCUGAUGAACCUGAUGGAGUGGCCAGUACAGCUAAAGCAGGCACAGAGAACUCAAUGAAAAGUAGUACAGAGACAGAAGCUGAAUCUUUGCCUGUCUGUAAUGGCCAAUCGGGCACAUCCUUAUUUAACCACUCUAAUGAGGACGUGGGGUCAGGAGAGACAUGUCCUGACCAACUGAAUGGCGUUACAUCUAAAGAGCCUCCCCUGCUUAGGGAAUUGGACACAGAGCUUCUCCAGUCAGGGAAGCUGAAGCUGACAGGUACCGUGGACAGGUUGGGACGUGCUCUGGUUAUCACGGUGACAGAUACAUCAGAGGAGGGUUUCUGUGAGGAGGAGAUGGCCCGGGUCCUGGCCUGCUACCACAGAAUCACUCGGCCUGCAGCCAAAGAGAAAGGUCUCACGGUGCUAAUGGACAGCAGAUGCUCUCCACCGUCCGAUCUCUUCCUCUCUGCACUUAAAACGUUCCAGGUGCUGGUUCCUGGCGGUCUUGGAUCUGUUCUGGUUUUGGUGGAAGAACAGCAGGAGUCCCUUUCUCAUAAUCUGGAAGGGGCAGAGAUCCACACAGUACGAGGAACAGGGGUCCUUCAGCAGUAUGUAGACAAGCAACAGCUGCCCGAAGAGGUGGAUGGAGACUUCACCCACUGUCACUCAGACUGGCUGGCCUUCAGAAUAAGCCUAGAGAGUCUGACAGAGCGAUGUGAGAGUGCCCUCUCACUGCUGGGAGAAGCACUGCAGUCUAUGGACACUGAGCCAAUGCCAGACAACAUCAAGGCAGUUCCUCUGAGCAUCGACAAACACAGGCAGCUCAUGGCGAGCGUCCUGGCCGACCAGCGCAUAACUGAACUGCAGCAAAGGGGCGGGGCCUGGCUCGCAGGAUUGACCAACAGCACAUCUGGACUGGCGCAGAAGUCGCCAGACUGCAGAGCUGCUCUCGCUGCGACCUCUAAACUCUACGACAGCGUGGACGAUGCCCUCCACAGGCUCGUCCGAGUGUCCAACCAGAGAGGUCGCGACCUGGAAGCUCUGGGACAACUAGCGCGGCUGGUGGACAAACUGGAAAAGUGUGAUAAAGAGAUUGAGCAAGUCCAGUCACAGCUGGAAGAUUACAAGGAUCCUCCUCUGUCCCUCAGCAGACUCUCCCUCAAACAGCAGAGGUUCAAGACCUUUAGGGAAACAGCUAAUGAGCUGCACAGCGAGACUCUGUCGGUGCUCAAUGAUUUGGAGGGCUGGUGCGAGCUGGACUGGGCAGGCCUGAGCGAAGUCCAGAUUCGACUUCCUCCAGUGAGGGAGAAGCUGAGAGACAUGUCCCACUGUCUGUCUGACUGCUGGACCACCCUGGACAACACGCAGAGGCUGCUGUCCACACUGACCGAGGCCACCCAGUGGUGUGAUGCAGUCUCCUCCACCUCCUCCUCCCCGUCUUCCUCCUCUUCCACCUGCCCUCUGGCCUCCCUCCCUCCCAUCCCUCCGUCGCGUUUCCAGGACGCCCGGUCGUUAGCUAUAGAGCUCGGCGGCGGGACGCUCCUGGAUCUCUGGACCCAGACAGUGGAGCGCUACCAAAGGACUGUAGCGCAGGUCAAACCCCGGUUCCUCCAGUCUGACAGGAGUCAGAACCAGGGCCAGGGGAAGCCCAAGACGCCCUCAGCAAGCAGCCUGUGGGACCUGAUGGGUCCCGAGGGAGAGGGCGACUGGGGGCUGGGAGCCGGGGGAGGCGAAGGGGGGCUACAGUCCUGGGGAUCCCUGGCAUCGCUGUUCAGGCCGCAGACCUGCUCCACACUGAAGAUAGGAGAGGAGAAGGGGAAUAAGAAAGAGGGAGCAGGGGGAGGAAGUGGAGGAGGAGCAGGAGGAGCUGGAGGAGGGAAGUUCUUGCAGAACCUUCUGAAUCCUGCAAAGAAGAGUCCCACAGAGGCCCCGCUCCCUCCCAAGCCCCCCAGAAAGCGCCACCCAAGCUUCGACCUCCAGGCUCUCCUGGCGCCCCGCAGAGGCACGGCCACCCCAAAGGCUGCUGAGUCUCCAGUGAGCGGGGGGAGCCGGAACUCCCCCAUGUCCUGGCUGGGGAGACGGGCGUUAGCUGACCCGGUCAUCACGACCAGCAUGGCUGCAGCUAUCCCCGGAUGGGGCAGUGGAGGAGGAGGAGGAGGGGUCCUGAUUCGAGGAGUGGAGGUCAGCAGCAAGGAGGUGGUGGACCACACGGGGUCGCCACGGCAACAUGUGCUGCUGGGGAGGACUGAGAGGGAGACGGGCACAGACAGGGCCGGUUCGAAUGCUCAGAGUAAGCUCUACCUGCUCUGGUGCAGGAUGCUGAGUUCAGAGCGGCAGUAUGUGGCUGUGCUGAAGGGGGUAGAGGAGACGUACCUCCCUUUGCUGGAGCUCUCAGACACCCCAGCCUCCAUCAGGGGGAAGGGGGACACCCUCUUCCCCAAGUGGGCCAGCCUCUGCACCUUUCACUCCCAGAACCUCCUCCCUGCCAUGGAGGGCGCUCUUGUGCAGAGCUUGUUGCAACAGGACUGCUUCAGCAAAUACCGAGAGCAGUUUCUGCAGUACUCCCACUACAUCAGGACUAAACCAGAACUGGACUCUCCACUGGUCACACAGGCCGCUGACUUCUUUAAGUCCAAGCUCCCCGCGGCCUCCCCCCUCUCCCCACUCGCCUUCCCCCACUGUCUCCAGGCUCCCACCCAGCGGCUGGAGCAGUACUGCGAGGCCCUGGAGGAGCUGGGGGGCAUAAACCCGGCCUCCGACUCCGCCCUCUCCAUCCUGAGACACGCCCAGCGGCACGGCGAGGACCUCAGGGCCAGUGACCUCAUCGUCGGAUGUCCGAUCCCUGUGGCGGAGCGUGGCGAGCUGGUGCGGCAGGGCGAGCUGACAGUGUGCGGGGGAGCUCGGAGGAAGCGGGCAGGCGUGAGGAACGUCUUCCUCUACCAGCACGUCGUCAUCUUCACCAAACAGAAGAGCCCCGGCCCGGGACGCACCGCCUACAGCUACAAACACAGCAUCAAGACGGGUGAGAUGGGUCUGACUCAGAGCGUCGGGGAGGACGGGUUGAAGUUUGAAGUCUGGGUCCGUCAGGCUCCUCGGACCAAAGACUGCAUCACGCUGCAAGCGCAGGACAGGGAGGACAGAGAGGCCUGGACUCAUGAUGUCGCCCAUCUGCUGUGGACGCACGCCAUCAACAACACAGAGUUGUGUCUGAAGGAGUCGCUCUGCAUGGGAAUUUCCAGUAAGCUGCUGCUGGAUGCGACAGGAACUCAAGGCUCAGAGCUGGACUCCAUCUACAGUCUCAAUGACAGAGUCCACAGUAGCUGCUCAGACUCCUCCUCUGUCGGCAGUCAGAAGGAGGGGGGAUCCCCGGCGUCUGGGAGGGACCCCAGGAGAAGCUCUGGAUCAACAAGUUACUCACAGAGUCAGUCUCCCUCUACAGCUGUGUAACUGUCAUCGCAAUAAAAACUGGACCUUGUACUUUCUGAAGAUUUAAGCAUCUCUAUCCCACCUGUGGGCGAGCCAAACUGGACUUCAGAGAGCAAGAUGACAAAAAAAAAAAAAGGAGACCCUCGGACUCUCAUUGAACUUCUCCCACAUGCUUGCUCUCCUUCCCCCCUCUUUCCCCUCGCCCCCUUCAACUCCUUAAAACAAAUAAAAUGCCAGCAGAUUAGCCGGAGCAGCACAGCUCUGCUUUUAAACCUCCCAGCUCUGAUAUGAAAACCCCCGAAGAAAAGCUGCAUCCAAAAAGGAUCAAAACUGCCCUGUUUAAAGCAUGACAAGCACCAGCAGGGCUCUCUGCACUCCGCCAUUUUGGAUCUGCCAGUCUCAGUUGCUGGCAGAGUCAUUGACACCAAAGGCACUUCAGCCACACAGUGCGGCCAUUGUCUGCCCCGCGGCUCCCCACUAGGCCAAACCACUUGGUCUGAACCACUGACUGCCUGGCUGGCUGACUGUACGCAUCACAUGCUCCAGCAUCUGAUAAUAAACAGGAAGUAAUAUGCAGGGCGUAAAUCCACCGUAGGAUUGCAGAUUUAGAAUGUAUUAUGUACUUUGUCAUUUUCACAACGCUGAAUGGACUACUGUAGAUUUUUUUUCCCCCUGCCUGUGUAAAAAUGCGUGGCAUAGGGCUAGGUGUGAUUGCAUCUAUGUAAAUGAGGCAGGGGUGGUGUGAGCAUGCACACACACACACACACACAGAUACAAACACACACAAAUACAAACACACAGACACACACAGUGUCCCUCAACACAUGCAGUCAUUCUUAUUGUUAUAAGACAGUGGAGCUCUGUUCACAUUCACAUGCUCACACAUACUCACUGUGGCCAUUUUAGAGCCUGGUACAGUGGCUAAAUCAACGACAGGCAAGGUUACAUCUGAACACAGGACAGAAAGCAUUGCCUUGAUGAUGAACGGGAACAUCUUAUAGUAUCAUAUCCUACUGUUAUACACUCUGUUAAUGUGUUUGUUUAAGCUAAUGGUAUUGUUUUUAUUAACAGUGGCAAGGAUCUAAAGGCAAAAUUGUAUUUAGUCUUCUUUAAAGUGUAACUUAUGUCAGCAACAGGAGCUUCACGGUGCCUUAAAAUGUUCUUCAGUGUAAUGAUGAGCACUGAUAAUGAAUUUAACAUCAUACCUUUUAAUAUAAGAUACCAUAUUCUAUUUUCCAAAAGGUAUAAAAUGGGUGUCUGUGCAAUGUUCAUUUGUAUACAAAGAGGUAUUGUCAUGACAUUUAGUCUGAGCUUUCCCAAUAGGAAGGCUCUCUCCAUAUAAUGGAGAAAGGUGGAUGUGUUCGAUGUGCUAUAUUCCAGUUUUACUGGUUUUGUGCUUGCAGCCAGAAGACAUGAACUACAUCUGAUUGUCCUUAAAGAGGUAAUUUAAUCUAAUCUGACGUCUAGGCUGUUUCUCAAAGAAAGACAUUUUCUAUAAUGCCCCAGAAUGUUUCUCUAUACUGUCACUUAUGAAUGAAUGAAUGCUGGGUUUCAGGAUUAGAGUGUUGACAUGGUGCCAGGUUUGAUGUUAGUUUUAAAGGAAUAGUUAGGAGAUUGAUAACUCUUUCAUUACAGUGCAAGCAGCUGGUUAGCUUAGCUUAGCACAAAGACUGGAAACAGGGGGAAGUGGCCAGCCUGGCUCUGUCUAAUGGUAAUAAAAACCACCUGCCAGUAGGGCAGUUAGAUGACACCACGAAAGAGUCUGUAAAGUAAAACAUCAGUCAGCUGGUUAGCUUAGCUUAGCAUAAAGACUGGAAAAAAGGGGAACUAGCUAGCUAGGCUCUGCCCAAAGGUAAAACCACAGCAUGUUAUUUUUACACUAAUGCUUUUUAUCUGGAUAGAUGAAGAUGAGAUAAUGUGGUCAUUAACUGGUAGAUGGAUUUUGUUACUUUCAGACAGACCAUUGCUUCUACUCUUUGUGCUAAGCUAAACUAAUGGAUUCUUGGUAGCUUCAUAUUGACCAGAAAGAGAGGAGAGUGGUAUCCAUCUUUGGAUCUAACUCUCAAAAAGAAAGCAAAUAAGAAUAUUUCCCAAGGUAUGGAACCAUUCCCUCCAGAUAAUGCAUCUCAAAACUAAAGACACAAAAGGUAAAUUUAACUUUCACUUGUGCAGAACAGCAAUUUAAUCUCUAGAAAAUUCCCAGUGCUGGAUAUGUAGAAAAUAAUGCUCAAAAUAUCUAGAUCUUCUCGUUUAAUGUUGUGAUGAAGCCACAGAAAGGGUUUCAAUACUUCAACAAUGAUGUAGUUCAUAUUUUAUGACAGCAAGGACGCAGCCUGUAAAACCAAUCAACAUCCACUCACUGGUUUGAUUGGAUAGUGUGUGUAUCAUAACAAUAUCAUGCGUAAGGUACAAUAUGAAACCAUCAGGUAGUGAAAGCCGGCAGCAGCAGGAGGUCAUGCUCGUGUCUGCAGACAGCAGUAGCAGUUUGUCGCUGUUAUCAGAUUUAGCACGUUUCAUAUCUGCAUCCAAAUUCAGAAAUUGCAAAUGGCUAUUGAGCCGUUUCUGAAUCAAUAUGUAAUUUGUUGGCUUGGAGAAACCCCAUAUACUUCAUAGCCUUUAGCUGUUUGGUACAUUGUGUUAUAUUGGAAGCAGUGUAAUGAACACCAUCUUUCAUUCUUACCGCAGUAUAGAUUGUCAUAUGCAGAAUCCCUCACUUUUGUAUGCCAUUGCAAGGCAGUAUUAAUGUAUACAACAUUUUCUCUCGCUCUUUUUCUACGACACACUCUGCCUGAUGUUUACAUUUUUUGAAGGAAUGUUGGAAAUGCAUGUUAUGCUUACUUGAUAAUUGUACUUCGACUGUUUUUUACUUUUCUGUGUUGAAUUAAAACUGGAUGGAAGUUCUGAA